UGAAAGUGUGACCGUGCGCGUGUGGAGAACACAAACUAAUGGUGGAGCAAAUAAUAAAGUAAAAUCGCGGAAUAAAAUGAUCUGUCGCCUGUGUCUGAACGCGCUGGACGAGCAGAGCGCGGUGCUGCUGUUCGGCGGCGCCGGCGGAGCCAGUGCGUCCGCUCCAGAUGACGAGGACGACGGCAAAGCGAUGCCGGAGAGCUACCUGGUCCAAUUGAUCUCGAUUCACUUGUACCUCUGCCUCUCCCGCGACGACGCCAUCUCCACCUGCAUCUGCAGCGAGUGCUGCUCGCAACUCGAGAGCUUCCACAACUUCUGGAAGCUGGUAGAGCUGAAGCAAACGACGCUGUGCAGCCAGUUCUUGGCCAUCGAUUGCGAUGUCAACUGGUCGGAGGACGGCACUGAACUGCAGCCAGAUGCGCAGCCCCAGUUGCUUUUGGAGCCGGCGGAGGAGCCCAAAGCCGUCACACCCACAACGGCCAAUAAGUUUCCUUGCAUGUUCUGUGAGAAAUCCUUCAAGAUGCGUCGCUACCUGGAGGAGCACAUAGCCACGCACACCGGCGACCGACCCAUUCCUUGUCCCUACUGCGAGAUGGCCUUCCGCUGCCGUUCGAAUAUGUACACCCACGUGAAGAGCAAGCACACGACGCAGUGGCUGAAGGCACGCGAGGAACGGGAUGCGGCCAAGUCAGGACAGAAUCACACGACGUCGGAGGAACCGGCUCCAGCUGCUACCGCUGCUCUCCCUGGAAUCCCGGCCCUGGCUGCUCCCCCUCCAAAUCAUGUUGUUUCCGGACAACCUGCUCUUCCUGCAACUACUACUCCUACUCCCACAGCUGCUCCCCUACCCUCAUCACCCACAAACCAACAGCUCCCGCUGUCCGUAAUCAAGAGCCAACCCAGCGAGGCAAUCAACCUCACCAUAACCAAGACCCCACCGUCCGCAAGUCGGGGCUCACGAAGUAGGGCCAGUCGCCGCAAGACUCACUCGCCCAAAAAGGUCCAGCACACUGAGGGCAGCGAUGCUAGCGACGAGGAUUCGCCCCAGAAGAGGCUCAAGGAGAACGAGCUGAUUCUGGCCAACUACAAUGCCGUGGCGGCGGCAGUCGUGGCAGCCGCUUCGUUCACGGACAACCCUGCAGGACAACCGGAUAGUUUGCAGCAGCGCCUGUGCGUCAGUCUGCUUCAACAGCAGCAGGAACAACUAUUCGCUGUGAUGUCGGCAACGGCUGCUGCAGCGGCGUCGGUGGGAUCCAGCAGUGCCACCACAACGACCACGACGACGGCAACAGGGACAAUGCUGGCUCAUCCAUACAGCAGCCCGCCUGCAGAGGCAGAAAAACGACAACCUGCUCCGCUACAGGCAGUCAUCCACGCCGCACCCGUCUCGGUCAUAUGUCCCAAUUGCGGCGAGCUUCCUGGACAGAAUCAUCGCUGCUUGAGCAAGCCCAAGUACGCUUGCGAGGUGUGCGGCAAGUGCUUCAAGAUGAAGCGGUAUUUGGAGGAACACUUUGCCACCCACACGGGCGUCAAGCUGCACACCUGCGCCUUCUGCCCCACGGAAUUCCGGUCCAAGUCGAACAUGUACCACCACACCAAGCGCAAACACAAAGCGGAGUGGGAACGGUCGCGGGCCUCGCGCUCAGCGGCCAAGGCGGGCGUCCAGGAGCAGGUGCAGCAUGCCAGUCCGCCACAGGCACAGCCAGGACCAGCUGCUGUCUAAAGCAAGCCAGAAUUCGGAGGCAGUGCAGUCGUAGUUUUAGUCUUUUACAAUUAAACUUAUAUUUUUUGCAUAUUAGCCAUACCGAAUACCGAUGUACUUAUCCGAAGUUUCGCGUACUCCACAAAGUCCCGGCGUUUCGGCGCCUGGCACCUAUUGUGUAUACUCUUCUCGUUCUCUAUAAUGCCUUAACCAGUUGGAUUGGAUCUGGUUAUAAAGUAAACAUUCAUUUCA